AUGGCGGACGUGCCGGAUCUCUACGAGGCCGGGGGCAAGGACGUCGCCGUGGCUGAGGAUGGGGACGACAGCAUUCGCGAGCCUAAAGAAAAAGCGAACAAACGGCAGGGUCGUGGCUUUGGCUCCGAAGAAGGGUCCCCAGCCUGGGCGCGUGAGGAUCACGACGGCGAGGAGCAGGAGGGCGAUGGACCCGGACCACGACGCUCCGUCGAAGACUGGAUUCUCCGUGUCCCCGGAGUCCACGAGGAAGCCACUGAAGAAGACAUCCAGGACAAAGUCGCAGAAGACGGGGCAAUACAGACACCCACCCCAGUCAGGAAGGAAAGGCAGAAGGGGAAGGCGCUGUCAGGGACGCAUCGCUGCACGCAGCGCAGGGCUGGGGAAAGACCAGUCUGUGCUGCAGACGCCGGCCCAGGCCGGGCGGGGAUGCGCGUCGCCUGUCGCUGCUGCCGCAAGCGGGCGCACGAGAGUAUGAUCUUGCGGUCGAGAAGCGUAAAUUGGCGAAGAGAUCAGCUUGCAGGUGUGCGUGUGAGCGUCACUGGGGGCCUUGGGGACCGUGCUGGCGGAGCAUCUGCAUUGGUGACGCAGCCGCUGUCUCCGCGCCACUCCGUGCAGAGUGAGACAUACGUGCGUGCGGGCUCCGAGGGGGUGACGGGCACAGGACGUGUGGCGCAUUCGCUUGAGAGUGGGGCUGACGCAGCCGGGCCCUGUGUCCGUAACUGUGACGCAGGGGUGUUCUGGAGGCUUUGGGGCUGGUGGCGCCCGGAGCGUGAGAGCGUCUGCGAGGCGGGAAGCGGCCGGCGGUGUCUCCGGGACUCUGCUCCGUGGGCCGAGCGGAACCUGCCAAGAAAAGUGGCUGCGCGGGGACGUAAGAGCCCGAAUCCGGUGGCGAAAAUGAUCCACAAGAAAGAUAAAGACAGUCACGAGGGGGCAGUUUUGCAGGCAGAAGGGCCGUGCGUGCAGGCCACCUGCGUGACAGGAGGAGGUGGCGUCGGUGUCCCUUCUGCUUCCUCUGCCUUCGUCUUCCAACCAUGUGGUUCCUGCGUGGGAGCAGUGGCCCCAGUGGGAUGUGAGAGCCAGGACCUUGUCGUGAAUGUCAUCAACAAAAAGGGCACAGACAUAGCCAUGAGGUCAGCUGUCCUUCAGAAAAAGCAUCCUGAGGAGAAAUAA